GUCGCUCUUUCCUCUAGCCCCUAGUGGUCAAUAGCGCGGUCAAUCACCCACUCUGGCCACUCUGGCCACUCUACCCCCCCCCUCCGCCCUCCCCUCCGCCCCUAGAGUCCCUCGUGGCCUCGCUCUCUCUUUCUCUCUCAUGCUCUCAGCUCUCGGCUCUCGGCGGAACCCCCCACGGCGGACUGGCCGUCGCUCAUCCACAAUCCUCCCCCAUCCCCUCACUGUACACCCGCGCACCACCGGCCCACCGCGGCUAUCCCCCACAUGGCUCGUGUCUCCGCCUCUCCGCCCUUCUCGCCCUCACCCCCUCCAACCAAACAGCGACGUCCACCAGAGAGAGACACCACACCGAGAGGAGAGGGUCUGUCAAACGAGACAUUCAUCACCAAGGAUUACCAGCUGCCGAUCGCCCCGAAGCACGCCGAACGUAUGUACACCAUCCCCGCCGCAAGUGUCCCCAAGUGUCUAUCUAUGCAUGCUCCAACCUGCUCAUCAGCACACCAGCGUGCAAGCGUGCAAGCAAGGCGCCCCGAGCUGGCCCGACCCCAUUUUUGGUGGGCGGAAAAUCUCACGUCCCUUUGGUACCUUGGUGCGCGUCUGUCGGAUCGUCGGAGCUACAUCGGCCCAAGUCCCGCGCCGCCAGAGUGCCUGAACAUUCUCGGUGGUGCACAAUCCUUGGCGGCUAGGCGGACUUUGCGGUUCACGGUUCAUGGUUCAUCGUGCUCGAUGGUUCAAACGCCAAACGACGCGACGAGAUGCCAAGGUACUUGCCUGCUUUGACAAACCACAAACCUUCUGGGGUCACUGCGGUGCUCCAGGCUUCUCGAGCCGCCACAUACGCUCUUGUGCGUGCUUCGCCGCUUCUGACGCACUCUCAGACGACAAGACGCUGUGACGCCGAUCUCCAGCUUGUCUCCACCGCCAGCCCCAGCCCUCCCUGCCCUGCUCUCCAUCGCACUUAUCGGUUGACCAACAGCUGGCCAGCUGCGACACAGGGCCGUGGCGGGCAUGCGGG